AUGGCAUGCCCGCUUGCGAGAGGCGGAGGAAGAGGAGCGACGGCUGUGGGAGGCACCGGUGGAGGAUUCGUGGGAGGUGCCACUCACCCCCAGAUACGCGGCCGAGGAGCCCAGCCCGAGGAGCGAGGAUGGGGACGAGCCAUGCGCGCCAUCCCCUCCGCGGUGGUUGCCAGAGGUACCACCCACUCCCCGCUACGAGGGGGAGUGGCUCACAGACGACGCUCGAGACGGAGGAGCACCGUUUGCCACGCCGCCGUGGAGGCCGGCCCGGCCACCCACGCCGCGAUACAUGGAGCCACAGCGACCGGAGGAGCAGACGCCAAGCGAGGUGUCGACCGCGCAGCCGAUGCCACAACCGCAGAAGGAGGAAGUCCACCAGGCACGGGCGGAGGAGCCGUCGGUGGUGCGGACGGAGGUGCCGGCCGCGCACGUGAGCACACGGGCGUUCGUGGCCGAGGGCGUACGGUGGCGGCAGCAGACGCUGAUAUGGACGUAACCCGAGAGGCCCGCGAGGCCCAAGACAGGGCCGACGAAGGAGGAGCCCAGGAUAUGGGAGGAGGGGGUACCCAAGGUGAACCCUCGGGACUCCCGGACGAGAAGCCGACAGGAUGCGUGGGUUCCGCCGACACCAAGCACGGGCCCGCCAACACCGGCGACGACGGGGCGGAGUCGCUGGAGAAGGGACCGUGGGUGUGGCCCGAGCCACCGGCCACCCAAAGACCUCCGUUGCAGCGUCAAGCUUCGACGCCCGGAUCGACGCGCCCGCGGCCGCAGUUCAUGCGGCAAGUUUCGGCCCCGGAAGAAGGCGGUUGGCGCGAGGUCGCCAGGAGCGAGUGGCCGGAGGGAAUUGAGGAGGCACUCGCGGUCGCGACGGCACGGCGGAAGGGCGGCAGGCGUUGCGUCCUGGUCUGCGAAGGCGGAAGGAGGUACCGGGUGAGGCUCGGAGUCGCGGGCAUCGGGGUGUUCACUCAAUAA